GAAAACUCAUCCCCCCAUCACAGCGCACACAUGCUGGACCUGUCCUCUCUGGUACAAGCCGUUGUAGCCGCGGUAAUGCUGCUCGCCGUCCACCGCUACGUGAAUGCCCGUCGCCCGGCCAACUCGUUCCCGUACGUGCCAUCGUGGAUUCCAUUUUUUGGCGCCAGUUUUCACUUUCGCCACGGUCCUAUGCGCGUAUUGCAAGCGUACACAGUAACUUACGGCCCCGUAUUCAAUUUGACCGUGCUGGGGAAAACCAUCACGUAUGUCACAGACGCGACACUGUUUCCGCCGUUGGUCAAGUGCCCGGCGUUGGGGCUAUUUCCGCUCAAAAUCAAGUUUUACGAGCGCGUGUUCGGCUCGACGUCUCACGACGACCCUGACGUGUUUGCAUUUUUGGCCAAACAUACUCGACAAAAUAUCCUUGCCCACUUGAGCGGCACGUCACUCGCCCAGUGGACGGCCAAGAGCCACGCUUUGUUUCAACGCCAAGUGGCGGAAGGAGGCUUCGGCGACGAGUUCGACGUGUCCGUGUAUGCAUGGCUCGCGCCCAAGGUGUUUGCAACCCUGCUCGAUACGUUUUACGGCAAGGGGCUGUGCACCCCCCAGUUAGCCCAUGAUUUUGACCUCCUUGAAAGCAAAAUCGUGGCACUGUAUGCUGGAGCCCCCGCGACAUUGCUCAAAGUCACAGAGCCCCGCCAGCGGUUGCAUGAAGCGCUGCGUGAGUACAUUGAGGCACACACAGACACAGUGGCCCCGAUUGUGGGCGAACGAUGGGAUUUUUGUCGUGACAAACAAGUGGAUCAAGCGGCAUACCAACUCGCGUUUGUGUGGGCCAUGACAUCGAAUGUCGUGCGGACACUGUUCUGGUUGCUUUGUCAUUUGCAGCAAUAUCCGGUGGCUUGGAGUGCCGUCGAGGGCGAAGUGCGGGCAUGUGUUGGCGCGCAAAAAGGGGAUACCCCGCUGUCCGAGUCUGUGCAAACAACGUGUCCACUGCUAGAUUCGGCGGUGAAAGAGACAUUGCGCCUUCGGUUUUCGGGCAGCGUACUUCGCGUAGCUGUGGCGCAGGCGACGGUGGACUUGCCCAACGGUACCCAGUUGCGUAUGCAACCAGGGGAUGAGAUUAUGCUUUGGGGGGGGCUGGGCUGCCAUGAUCCGUCUCGGUUUCACAAUCCAGACGACUUCCAAUUCGAUCGAUUUGCCCGCUAUCCAGACCUCGCCAAGGACUUUCGUCCAUUUGGGCUCGGCAAAUUCAAUUGCCCUGGUCAAUUCUUUGCCGUGGAGUUUCUUAAAGUGGCCUUGGCAACGCUGAUGCUGGACACGGAGAUCUCGCAGUUUGAAGGCAGCGCCUCGCCCAAUUACACCACGGCCGGAGUGUUUGCACCGAAAGACGCUGAGGCAGUGCGCAUGUGCAUUCGGCGACGUGUGUUUAUGGCCGACCACCCGACGAUGGACGAGCCAUCGAAUGGAUGUGUGUCCUGUGCUUAAUCAAUACAUUCAUGGCCAGUGUAAUGAGGCUGGCAGUGUAAACACAAUAUGAUGCAUUGAAUGGGUGGCGGUCACAAUGAGACAAUUUCAACAUGAGACAAAUACAAG